AUGUCUAGUAGCGACGCGGCCAAUCCAGACCCCAGUGUCGUCCCGCAGGACCCUGCCGAGGUCAGGGGCGAAGUUGAACCCGUCAAGCCUUCGCAGAACCCGGCAUUGAGCAAGGUGCCCAAUGAGGUCAAAACCACCAUCUCCAAGGCCGACGAGAUCAUUCUGCGCAUCAGCAAGUUGAUCAAGACUACCGCAGGCCUCGGCGCAGCUCUGUCGACACUCAACUAUGCCAUCUACCUCGCUGCGUACCUCCAUUCCAAAGCUCCUUCCCGUGCUGCCACAAUUGCAUAUAUCUCGCGCCUCAUAGGUCGCACACCUUCGAAGCUCCCUGCUGGCGCUCUUGCGCCGCCCGCUACUACCUCGUUCCUCACUCCGCUGGGAGCUCUUGUGUCUGAUACACGUACCUCACUGCGCCUGACGGGACUUCUCCCGUUGUACAUCUGGAUGAAGACGCUCUUGUCCAAGAAGGCCUCGGCAGACAUGGACCCAGCCCUCCAUCGGGUUGCGCUCUUACAAUGUGCCGGCUAUAUUGGCUUUCAAGCCCUGGAAAACGUUUACCACUUGGCUGGUAAGGGCGUUGUGCCCCUGUCGUUCAUCGAAAAUCGAGGAGGAGUUGCCAAGUGGGUUGCAUGGAGCUGUCGUGCGUGGUGCGUUGGAGUGGCCAGCGACUUCCUCCGCCUGUGGCGCGAGGCUGAGAUUGAAAAGGAAAAGCGGGGCAGCAAGUCGACCAAGGAGAAGGAAGACUUUGAUCGCAAGUGGUGGAAUGAGUUCAUGGUCGCGGCCUAUUGGAUGCCCGUCGCCAUCCACUAUAGUUUCUAUCCGGAGGGCAUUCCAGGCAUGAACACUGGUCUGGUCGGCUUCUUUGGCUUGAUGGCUGGUCUCAACAACUUCAGGAAUCAAUGGGCUGCCACUGCUUGA